AUGGAGGUCAUACACGCUACCUCUUUGCUCGGGCGAGAUGCCAUUGACGAUGGAGUGUUGAAUCCUGUCGGCAACAGCUUGCGUGUCCGCUCAAUCAUAUUCGUCUGUAUCUCUUUCGCCUUUGUCCUACUGAGACUCUCGACGCGAUACAACUAUGGGAGGAUGAUCGGAGCAGACGAUGCUUUCAUCGUCGGAGCACUCAUCCUUUCUAUUUGUAUGACCGUGACAUACAACGGAGAGGCUCUAAAUGGAUUUGGGCUCCAUACGAGCCAGGUGAGCAGCGAGCACAAGAUCUUGGCGUUCAAGUGGUUCUUUGCGGCGCAAAUCUUGUACAAGGCUGCGACUUGCUUGACGAAACUUUCAAUCUGUUGCUUGUACCUACGAAUCUUCCCCGACAAAUGGUUCCGAAGAGGUGUCUGGUUGACAAUGGGGAUCACCGUCGCUUACACGAUCGUAUCGAUAUUCAUAACAAUUUUCUCUUGCCGUCCAAUUGAGAAGGCCUGGGUCAAGUCGAUGGCUGGUACUUGUCUAGAUUCGCGGUCCAUUUGGUAUGGAACUUCUAUCAUGGUCAUUAUGACUGAUCUGAUGAUCAUCAUCCUUCCCAUCAAUCAAACUCGCCGACUCCAGCUCCCGCUCGCCCAGAAACUCAUGCUGGUUGCCCUGUUCAGUCUUGGACUGUUUGUCGUUGCUUGCACAGUGGUCCGGAUGGUAUCGGUUUCGCCCCAAACUACAGCGACGGACCAGAUUUAUUAUCAGGCCAUUAGCAACAGUUGGACUUUUGUCGAAACAAACGUUGGCAUCAUCUGCGCUUGUUUACCCGUGGUUCGAAUUCCGAUAACGCACUUGUUCCGUCAUGUCGGCCAAACAACGAGAGGAACAACCAAAAACAGUGCUCAUUCUCAGAGCGACUUUGCACUGCAGACUAUUGGCCAAACUCCAUCCCGCAGCCACGUAUCAAAAGACCGGGAGAAGAACAGCAGCGUCGAAGAGCUGAUUGAGGCGCAGAAUUUCAAGAAGGAGAAUAGAUUGAAGAUGUACCACGCGUCGACAAAUUCAAUCGCUCCUAGCAACGCUGAAAGCAGGUAUAAUUAA